UUAGCACCUCAUCUUGCUAUGAAAUUUCAACAUCAUCAACGGCUACGAUUGGUCCAUGAUCUUCUUGUGAAGUGAUCAAUGAUCGAAUAUUAGCGGACGGACUUUGUUGCGGCAUUCGCCUGGACGCUUGGAAACAUCAACGACAUUUGGUCAACCACUCUUGAACAUUCGCGAAUUCCCGUUAACGAUGGCGUCAGAGGAAGAUACCGAGCAGAGCUAUGUACCGCAGAAGAAGAAAUCGGAGUCUGAGGAUGACAAGAGGAGAAAGAAAAUUGUUCCUGGAAGCCUAAUGAAAGCUUUGAUGAGACCUGGAGGAGGAGAAUCAAAUCCUUCAGAUGGUGAUCAGAUUAUAUAUCAUUGCACGGUUAGGACAUUGGAUGGAGUUGUCGUUGAGUCAACGAGAUCAGAACAUGGAGGGAAAGGUAUUCCGAUAAGAAACGUAUUGGGCAAGAGCAAAAUGAUAUUGGGCUUGUUGGAAGGGAUUCCAACAAUGCUGAAGGGUGAAGUGGCAAUGUUCAAAAUGAUGCCUCAAAUGCACUAUGGGGAGGAGGAUUGCCCUGUUCCAGCUCCUAGUAGUUUCCCCAAAGAAGAUGAUCUCCAUUUUGAGAUUGAGUUGAUAGAUUUCUCCAAAGCCAAGGUUGUGUCUGAUGAUUUGGGGGUUUUAAAGAAGGUGAUAGAUGAAGGACAGGGUUGGGAAUCACCAAGGGAACCAUAUGAAGUAAAAGCUUGGAUUUCUGCAAAGACAGGUGAUGGGAAAUUGAUUAUGUCACACACUGAAGGAGAACCAUAUUUCUUUACUUUUGGGAAAUGUGAGGUACCUAAAGGUCUUGAGAUGGGAAUAGGAACAAUGACACGGAAAGAGAAGGCGGUAGUUUAUGUUACCAAUCAAUACUUAACCCCAUCUCCUUUAUUGCCCAUGAUAGAAGGCUAUGAAGAAGUUCAUUUUGAAGUUGAGCUUGUCCACUUCAUCCAGGUGAGGGACAUGCUGGGAGAUGGUCGCCUAAUUAAACGACGACUACAUGAUGGAAAAGGGGACUUUCCCAUGGAUUGCCCACUUCAUGACAGUCUUUUACGAGUCCAUUACAAGGGCAUGCUUCUUAAUGAAGAAAAGACAGUGUUCUAUGAUACAAGAGUUGAUAACCAGGGUGAACCUUUGGAGUUCAGUUCCGGAGAAGGGAUGGUGCCUGAGGGAUUUGAAAUGUGUGUCCGUUUGAUGCUACCUGGGGAGAUUGCUCUUGUCACAUGCCCUCCUGACUAUGCAUAUGACAGAUUCUCAAGGCCACCUAGUGUUCCUGAAGGCGCUCAUGUUCAAUGGGAAAUUGAGCUUCUUGGUUUUGAGAUGCCAAAGGAUUGGACUGGUUUGAACUUUCAGGAAAUAAUGGAUGAAGCAGAAAAAAUUCGAGUGACGGGUAACCGACUCUUCAAAUCGGGAAAAUUUGAACUUGCCAAGGCAAAAUAUGAAAAGGUGCUUCGGGAGUUCAAUCAUGUUAAUCCACAAACGGAUGAGGAAGGAAAAGUGUUUUUAGACACAAGAAAUUCUUUACAUCUGAAUGUAGCUGCGUGCUUCCUCAAAAUGGGAGAAUGCAGAAAGUCCAUUGACGCAUGUAAUAAGGUUUUAGAUGCAACGCCUGUACAUGCAAAGGCACUAUACCGUCGUGGAAUGGCUUACAUGGCAGCUGGAGAUUUCGAGGAAGCAAGAAGUGAUUUCCAAAUGAUGAUCAAAGUUGAUAAGUCAUCAGAACCAGAUGCAACUGCAGCUCUAGCAAAACUGAAGAAGCAAGAGCAGGAAGUAGAGAGGAAGGCUCGGAAACAAUUUAAAGGAUUAUUUGACAAGAAGCCAGGAGAAAUUGCAGAAGUUCAAGUUGAAGAUAGAGCUGGGCGUGAGAUCACUGGUGAAAACCAGAAGAAUGAUUUGUCGGCGCCAUUAUUAGAAAGAGACGAUUCUCAACAUUUUAAUGAAGCUGAUGGUGGUCAAUAUGGAAUGGGCUGGUUUUACAGCUUGUGGCCUCCUGGGAGAAGAACAUUUUCAGCUCUUGGCCUUGAUAGAUGUACCAUACUCUAAGAUUCUAAGUUUCUCAGGGAAGAAUAAAACUACUAGGUAUAAUUUUAGAAAAGAGCAAGGUUUCUUCCUGUCUUUCAACUCUUUUCCCAUAGUUUUGUCAAUCGAGUUGUGUUUCAGAGGUCUCUGAUUCUUCAAAACUUUUAACUUUCUCUUCUCAUAUCGUUAGAAUUGAAACCGAGGUACCAAAAUUUAUCAAUAAGAAAUGUGAAGGGUAUCCAAUGAUCUUCUAUUUUGUUGCAA